CCGCGUCACGUCCGGCCCGCCAUCACCUCGCCGGCCGAUCGGGAGACCGAGACUCCGCGCGUCCCCGUCAGGAAGACCGAUGAGGGCCCUCGCGCCGGGCCUCGCCCUGGCCCUGCUCGUCCUGGGGCCCGCGCUCGCCUCGGCCGCCUCCGACGCCCCACCGGCGGGCCCCGAGCGCGCCGACCGCUGCCUCCUCGACACCGAGCCCGGGCCCUGCCGGCACUACGUGCACAAGUGGACCUUCGACAGGACCCAGGGCCGAUGCCGCACCUUCGUCUACGGCGGCUGCGCCGGCAACGACAACCGAUUCGACUCGGAGAUCGAGUGCAUGCACCGCUGCGUCGGUGGGCCCGAUCACACCCUACCUACCUACUUGAUCACAAAGGGGAAUGUUUUCGUCGCGACGAGUCCCAGUACGACAACCGGCGUCCCGACGACCAGCGUCGCCGCGACGGUGCCCACCUUCGUGCCGCCCGAGCCCACGAGGGCUCCGGUCCCCAGACACCAAAGAGGCAAGGAGCUGACCUUCAUGGAGUCGGGCCACGAGAAGACCUUCAUGUUCGCCCAGAGCAACACCUUCAUCCAGCUCGACGGAAGCGUGAUCAAGACCUUCCAGCUGAGACUGUGCCGGGAGAUAUCCUUCAAGUUCCGCACGAAGCUGCCCCACGGGCUGCUGGUCUACCACAGCGUGAAGGACAGACCGGAGGGCCUGGAGCCCUACGCCCUGUACGUCAUCGUGGAGAAGGGCCAGCUGAAGGUGGUCCACGUCUUCGGCAAGCGGUCCACCAGCUUGACGGUCGGGGAGGGCCUCAACAGGGACGAGUGGCACGGGGUGCUCGUCAGGAUCGACGUGCACGGGGCCAGACUGAUCGCCAGGGUGGACGGCAAGCAGGAAGAGACCACCCUGGAGGUCCUGGAACGCACCACCAAUUAUGGGGUCUCCGAAGAGCUGGCCUCGGUAGUCCUCAUCGGAGGUCUCAGCUCCGAGGAGCGGCUGCACGGCGUCAAGUACAUCAUCGAGUCCUUCGUGGGCUGCAUCAGGGACAUGGUCCUGAGCUCCGGCAAAUCCGCCAGCGACCUUCUGCCGAUUCGCCCCCUGAUCGCGACCAAGCACGAGAACGUCAAGGAAGGGUGCAUCGACAAGUGCAAGACCCGGGAGAACCUCUGCUUCGUCGGGAGCCAGUGCGUCAACCAUUACAACAGCUUGACCUGUGACUGCUUCGGGACCAAGUACGAAGGCGAGAGGUGCGACGUUUACACUGCCACCAUCCUCACCCUGAGGGGAUCUUCGUACGUCUCGUUCCGGGUCUACGACUGGAAGGACCGGGUCCACUCUUCGGUUAACAGGAUCAGCCUGGCCUUCAAGACAAGGUGGGACGACUCGGUGCUCUUCUACGCGUCCGGAGAGAUCGACGGUACCGCGCACUACGUGGCCGCUUACAUCCUGAAUGGCUCGGUGCACGUGGAGCUCGACUUCGGGCACGAGUCGAAGGUCGGCGCGGUACUGGGCGACCACGUUACCUCGAAUUAUUGGAACAACCUGACGAUCUUCCACAACGGGUCGCUGGUCUUCGUCAGUCUGAACGACGAGGUCAAGGUCCUCGAGGUACCCGGAGAGAACGACUACAUGAUCAUCGACCCGGAGAUCUACAUCGGCGGCGGGCCCGAGCUCCACAAGCGGGAGGGUCUUCGCUCGCACAACAACUUCGCAGGCUCCCUGAAGUACGUCUUCUUCAACGACAAGUCCAUCAUCUACGAGCUGAAGCGAUCGAAUCCAAUGGUCCAUUACAUCGGAGUCCUGGAGCCGGAGUACUACGAGGCCGACGUCGAGGUCAUCCCCAUCACCUACCCCUUUGCUGGGAGCCACAUUUGGUGGCCCAUCAAGAGGAGCGACGAGCUGAAGCUCAACUUCGACUUCAAGAGUUCCAAACCGGUGGCCGUGAUCGCCUCUGGAGACAUCGUCGGAGAACGAGGCUUGGGAUACUGGGAGUUGCGGCUGGUCAACGACGAGAUCCGGUUCCAGCUCAUCCCCCUUCUGACGGAGAACGUCACCGUCUCAGCAGCCGUCAAAUUCCCGCCGUACAACACCUCCUGGCAUGCUGUCGAGCUCAACUACACGAGGGACGAGCUCAGCAUCCUCGUGGACUACAGGAACAAGCAGAGCAAGUUCUUCGCCAUGUCCUUCGAACUGGGCGACAGGGUCAUCAUUGGCAGUGGGAAUGGGAACGCUGGACUGGUGGGCUGCAUGAGGGACAUUCGGGUCAACGAGGAAAGAGUCGAGCCUAGGUACGUCGUGAACACGGAGAGGGUGGUGGGCGAGGUGGCCCUUGACAACUGCCAGUUCGUCGAUCCCUGCAAAAGGCCGAACACCUGUGAACACGGAGGCAAAUGUUCGGUCAAGGAGGACCGCAUCACCUGCGACUGUACCGACACCGGCUACAUCGGGAAGAACUGCCAUUUCGCUAGGUACCGGAAGACCUGCGAGGAGCUCGCCCUCCUGGGAUACACCCAGGACGACGUCUACAGGAUAGAUAUAGAUGGGAACGGCAGGUUCCCUCCGGCCCUGGUAAAGUGUGAAUUCGAGUCCAUCGAAGACUCGACCAAGACCAUCGUGGAGCAUAAUCUGCCCUCCCAGGUGGAUGUCAGGUCCAUCGCCGAGUCGGACUUCUCGUUCAGCAUCACCUACCGACAGUUCACUGCAGAGAUGCUCCAGGAGCUGAUAUCUCACUCGCUGUACUGCAGCCAGUACGUCAAGUACGACUGCUACAAGGCUCCCCUGGAGCUGCACAGCGCGACCUGGUUCGUCGGGUCCAAGGGAUCCACCGUGGACUACAUCGGGAACGUGAACCGAGGAUCCUGUCCAUGCGGAAUGAACCGCACCUGCGUGAACCCUAAUCUCAGCUGCAACUGCGACGUCUCUGCCGGGAAAUGGCUCUCCGACGAGGGCUUCUACGAGAGUCCCGACUCUCUAGGUAUCACGGGGAUGGUGUUUCUGCAACAGAGGGACCUGGAGGAGGACGCUCAGGGUAGAGUGACCCUAGGGCCCCUGGAGUGUGUCGAAACCAACACGCAGAAGUACGUGGUCACCUUCACGACCUCGCAGUCCUACAUCGAGGUCCCAGGAUGGCGUAAAGGCGACAUAGCCUUCAGCUUCCGAACCACCGGAGAAAAGGCGAUCCUGCUGUACCAGCCGCCCAUCAGAAGCAACUACCCUUCCUUCAUGGUCGCCCUUACGUCCGAUUAUCGACUGACCUUCAACUUCACUCUCAAUACAGGAACUGUUCGCGAGCUCGAGGUCAAAAGUCGGAGGAAACUCAAUAACGGCGAGUGGCAGAAGAUCUGGAUAGACUACAACGAUUACCACGUCCGCUUCAUGAUCAACACCGACUUCCAGAUGGUCGACUUGCUGCCUGAAGAGGAGUUCGGACCGUUCGAAGGGUCCAUGUUCAUCGGAGGAGCGACGGCGGAACACCUAAAGACCUCCUCGGUUCGGCAAGGUCUUAUCGGAUGCUUCCGAGGACUAGUGGUGAACGGCGAGAUCCUGGAUAUCCAUAGCUACAUGUCCGUUCAUCUCUCGGAGAUAAUUAAGGACUGCAAACCUUCCUGCCAGCCGAACAAGUGUCAAAAUGGAGCCAGAUGCGUCGAGCUCUGGAGCAACUUCGAAUGCGUCUGCGAAAACGAGUGGGCCCACGUGGGCACCUUCUGCGAGAACAACAUCAACGACAAGGCCCUCACCUUCACGACCCCGGAAGCCUUCCUGAAGAAGAACUACUUCGGGAACCGGCAGGACGAGGAGAUGCUGCUCCUCAAAAGCGUGCUCGUGGAGAACAUCCUGAUCAACUUGAGAACCUACGACACGCAGUCGCUCAUCCUCUACGCCAACGACCACUUGAACAACUUCGCCCACCUCUACAUCUCCAAUGGGACCAACAUCGUGUACCUCUUCAACGCUGGGAACGAGAUCCGCAACAUCACGGUGAAAUACCCCGGUGCGAACACCGGCAUCUCGGUGCAGAUUGCGAUCACUCGAGGUGACAAUUCGACGACGUUGCACGUGAACGAGCACAACGUCACGUUGAACGCCAAGCCGGUGCCUUUGGAUACAUAUUCAAACAAGCCGUGGGUCAAUCCUGAGAAAGAGGUCCUGGCACCCCAGAGACCUCCUGCCCCGCCUACCGAGUACUUCCAGGUGAACUUGGGAGGUUUCGACCCUGCCAACCUGCUCCGGGUGGGUGUCGAAGGUCAGUCCACGCGAGGGUACGUCGGGUGUCUGAGGGGUCUCAUGAUCGGGGGCUACCUCGUCGACCUGGCAGGCUUGGCCAACGAGGCUUCCAACGAGGGCAACAAAGGAGUCUUGCCGAAUUGCCAGAUGAAGUGCGACGCAGUGCCCUGCAAGAACCUCGGCGUCUGCACCGAGGACUUCGGCAGGCAGGAAUCCUCCUGCAACUGCGAGCUGACUUCCUACUUCGGAGACCACUGCGCCGAUGAAAAGGGAGCAGACUUCAGCGGAGAGAGCGUGCUCCAAAGGGAGUUCCAGCUCGACGGGGAGGUGACCCAGGUCAAGGUUCAGCUGGCUUUCUCGACCAACGACCUGCGACAGAGGACUGCUGCGCUGCUUCUUCUGCGCACCGAGGCCAGGGGUCCUUACCCUUUUAGGAGGAGCUACUACCUCCUGGUGGCGCUCACGUCGGAGGGCCAGUUGAUCUUCGAGGAGGACAGAGAGGGCUCGUCAUACGGCGUUCGGCUGAACGACAGGAACUUCUCGAACGGAGCCAGACACAGCGUGUAUUACGUCCGCGAGAAUAGCACCGCCACUUUGCUGAUCGACAGAGAACCGGUGCAGCUGCUACCUAUCCCUAUGUUGAGCCUGGUCGACGACGUUGACGAAGAAGAGGACGAAAAGGACGACGUCGAGACCGACGAGGCACCAAGCUCGACGGAGAUCCAGCUGGGAGGACUGAACACCACCGACCCCAGAUUUGCGGCCUACAAGGGGUACACCGGGUGCUUGAGCAACGUGGUGGUGUCCAUAAACGGAGGCGCUGGGAUGAAACCUCUGGAGGAGUACAUGCUCUUCACCAAGAAGGGUAGCGAGACGGUCAGAGUGACCACCCCGGCAGGGGUGCGGAGUGCCCAGUGUGCCGUCUUUCACGCCCAGCCUCGGGGCUUGGACCCUCCUAGAAACGAUAGCGUGGGUCGUGAUCGAGCUUGGGUGGAGGACCCUCCCGAGAGGAUAGCCUACACCUCGAGGUACUCGGACGCAACCGAAGAAGAGCAAGGUGCAGGCACGUACAUCUUCGUGGGGCUCUGCUGCGUCUUCGUGGGGGCGAUCCUGGGCUGCGUCUACGAGGUUUGGCGCAGCUCGAGGAAGGAAACCAGCAGUUCGUCCUCCCAGAGGUGGCAAUCGACCGGGGGCUUCGAAGAGGCCCCUCCGCCGACGGGGCAGACGCCCCUGAAGAGCGUGGCCUUCAAAGGCGUCGUCGCGGUCGCCCCGGCGUCGCCGACCUCUCCGACCUCCGCAACCUUGGAAGAGGACAAGAGGCCUAAUGGUACUGCCCUGCCGCAACCUUUGAAGAUCCCUGGCAAGGACUACAAGUCCGGCGUGGAGCUCGGCAAAUCCUCGGAACUACCGCUCGAGAAGAGAGUGCACCUGAAAUCAGCUGAUGACGAGUCGGAGAAGGAGGAGCUCCUCGGGAUGGACACUGGCCUCAUUCCCAAGAUCCCGAAGACGAGUCCAUUUCCCAUGGAGGACCUAAGAGAAGAGCCCGAACUGGAGAAGUUUGAGGAGGAAGAAGAAGACGAGGAAGAGGAAGAGGAGGAGGAAGAGGUCGAUGAAGACGAAGCGGACGAUGAAGAGGACGAAGAAGAAGAGGAAACUAGAUUUAUCGGUAGCUCCUGCGUCCUCGCAGAGCCAAGGAGGGUGAGCCAGUCCAAAGACUGGACGGAUCCCGCCAUCACCGCCCUCGACGCCCUCGACGCCGCCAGGGACGACGCCUCGUCUUCCGACGUCGACGCCAAACCCGAAGCUCCUUUGACCUCCGAGGCCCGGCCCUAAUUCUUAGAGGUGGACAGAGGCGAGAUGGCCGGACAGAGACUGUGCCCGGAGCUACUGGAGAACCCGGCAUCGCGACGUCGAUCUUCUUUUUUCCUGGCCGUCGACGACCCUUUGGUGAUCCCGUGACCUGUCUUGGGUGUCGGAGGCU